GUCUGAGGAAAAAUUUCAACCCUAACCCUACGCGUGCAACUCCAACGGAUGCUUCGAUAUUAGUUUGAAACAUGUAGCGCUACAGUAGACAACGACAAUUUAUCGUGCAGAUGUCGUUUUUACCAGUCUCUGAUGCCCAAGAACCACAGGAAGGUAGCAGCCGCUCACGCUAGGGCCGCACGAUGGUCAGCUCCAACAGCUCCAACUGCCGAGCACAGUAACUCCACUCUUCAAGCCACCCCCGCACAAACCUAUUCCGAGUUGCAGGAACAAACAUCAGAGCCGUCCAAACUCUGUGGCAGGGAAGUUAACCUGAUAGAGCUGGACUCCGAGUAUGAGUGUGGUUAUACUGGGGGUGUCAGUUGUUAUUGGUCAGAUACAGGUGAUGAAUAUGAAACAGACUCGAAUGCUGAUAGCGAAAGGUCGGAGUGCGAUAGCCUCUGCGAGCUGGAGGGCAGCGAGCUUGAGGAAAACUUGAGGGAGCUCCGAGAAGAGGUCAUAGCCCUGGGCACAUCAGUGGACAGUUUGUUCGACAAGAUAUCCAAGCCGAAGACAGGCGCAGUUUGGAAGAAGGCAGAACGGAACAGAUCACUUGGAUACAAUGGGCUCUCGGGUCGUACUCAGCGGCGGAGGGAUAAGGCAGCACGAGACCAAGCUGAACAACAAAAGAAAAUGAAGACAUCAACCAAUCCACAGGUUGCAUUCAUGCGACAGUGGUGUGCAACCAAAGACGACACUGUGCCCGAGAUUGAACCACCGAGUGCGGAUGAAACACUUUCAAAUGCUGCCGCAGCAGCACAGCCUCCAUUAGCAUGUGAUGCAGCGACCGCUUUCACUGGCUACCUUUCAGACGAACCCAAGGAUGUCAUUGACUCCAGCUCGGACGAUGAUGACAAUGACGACGACAGCAAAGGACUUGGAGGUGAUGGACAUGGCAUAAGCAACAAAUUGCCUGUUGUGCGGCCACUUAAGCGCCACAAGCUUGAUGUUCCUGCUCGUGCCCAGAAGAGAAUCGAUAAAGAAAGGCGUGGAGAUGAUAGGCGUGUGGCAUUGGAAGUCAUUGAGAAGCUGUUGAAGUCGAAGAAAACCAAGUUUAUUGGUGGUUUGGGUGGCCUGCAAGCGAAACGAACACGUACCAUCCAAAGCCAUCUUGCCCUCAUUAUCAAGAGAGGUCGCUCUUCAAUUGAUGCAUCAGAACGUGCCGCUGAAACUCAUGGUUUCGCACCUAUCUGGGGUGGCCGAUAUUGGGUCUUUGAAGACCAGUUCAAGUUGCGAAAGAAAGGGGUGGGACGUGGCCUCCAUCGCAGUGACAUGAUUUGCUCAACAGUUGGACACAUGGUGGAUGCAGGUGAAUCAUUGGAGUAUGGAAAGAAUCACGAGGGAUAUUGGAAUGGCAAGAUGUUUGUGAAACAGCUCAGUGACAAAAUUAUACCCACAUUCGAACAUAUCCAUGGUCCUGGAUAUCAAGCAUUGUUCCUCAUCGAUAACUCGCAGGGCCACUCUGCAUAUGCUGAAGAUGCCUUGCUCGUUUCUCGCAUGAAUGUGAAUCCAGGUGGCAAACAGGCUCAUAUGCGACCUGGAUGGUUCAUGCACAAUGGCAUGAGGAUCGAACAGGACAUGGUAUUUCCUCCCGAUCACCCGCAAUUUCCAAAUGAAGCCAAAGCACAAAGUAGUGGUGCCGAAGUCCGGUUCGGUUCGGUUCUUAGGCCUCUAAAUGCGAACGCCGAACUGGACCAUCGGUCGCGUUCAGGCAAGGAGGGCGAACACUGGACCGGACCCUUAUGA